AUGCCCCUCGUCACUUCUUCCAUGGGCCCUCAAAAGCCACGCGUAAUCCUCGGGUUGAUGACCUUUGGCCCGCCCGGCACGGAGUCCAAAGGCGGCCGAAUCACCUCUCUGGACGAAUACAACAAGAAUCUCGAUGUCUUCCAGUCGCAAGGAUACAACGAGGUGGACACGGCGCGGGCGUACAUCGGCGGCGACCAAGAGGCCUUUACCCGAGAAGCCAAGUGGAAGGACAGGGGCUUGACGCUCGCGACGAAAUGCUACCCGGUGAAACCCGGGGAUCAUGCGCCCGAUAAGCUGCGAGCCAGUUUGGAGAAGAGUCUGCACGAGCUGGGCACCGAGACCGUGGAUAUCUUCUACCUGCACGCGCCGGACAGGUCUGUGCCGUUCAAAGAGACGCUGGAGGAGUGCGACAAGAUGUUCAGGGAAGGGAAGUUCGUGCAGCUUGGCUUGUCGAACUUCGCGGCCUGGGAGGUCGCAGAGGUAUGGAAUAUCGCCAAUGAGAGGGGGUGGGUCAAGCCCUCGAUCUAUCAGGCCAUGUAUAAUGCUAUUACGAGGGAUAUUGAAAAGGAGCUGGUCCCGGCUUGUAGGAAAUACGGCAUUGACUUGGUGGUUUACAACCCGCUUGCCGGCGGUGUCUUCAGCGGGAAGUAUAAGUCGAAAUCGGAAGUUCCGAGCGAAGGUCGCUUUGCGGACUUACACAAGGCAGGAAAGAUGUACCGCGACCGGUACUUCCAAGACAACACGUUCCUCGCCCUCCAACACAUCGAACCCGUGGUCCAGAAGAACGGGCUGACGCUCCUCGAGACCGCCCUGAGAUGGUGCAUCCACCACUCGGUGCUCAAGUUCGCCAAGGAUGGCGGCAACGACGGCGUCAUCAUCGGCGUCAGUUCGUUGCAGCAAUUGGAGAGUAAUCUGGCGGAUUUGGAGAAGGGGCCUCUGCCGGACGAGGUGGUCAAGGUGCUCGAUGAGGCGUGGGAAGUGUACUUGAAGGGGCGAGGGCCGAGUUAUUGGCGGUAG